AGGAAAACAGGAAGUGCCCCCCCCCCUUUCCUCCCCCCUCCUCUCCUCCUCCCCUCCCCCUCCCCUCCUUUUCAGCAUCCUUCUCUCCUCACUCCACCCUGACUCAUCUCACCGCUCCCUCCAUCCUACCCAAGUGUUGUUUUUUACCCCGCUACUAGGUUCCUGUCAGCUGGGUGUCAAGAUGACCCAGGUAGUUCCGAGUCGUCCGGCGGCGUUGGCAGCCCUAGUCCCGCCUACCUCACCAAUGCUGACCAAUAGAAACGCUUCUCCGUCACGGAGAUCGCCAUCCGGUCACAGGAGCCCCUCAGGUGUGCGGCGUGCAGACAAUGUAUCUAAAGAGAAACACGAGCAUGCAGCAAAGACACAAGAGCUGUCAGAGGUGCUGCAGGACAAAGAGCGACGUGCUCUGCAGCAGCUGGAGCGCAGCGGCGAGCAGCGAGGGCGCAAGAUGGCGGCGCAAAGGAGGAAGGAAGAGCAGCGGCAUCUGGCGGCCGAGGAGAAGAGACGACAGCAGCAGGAAGCUGACAAGGAGCGGCUGGAGGCCCUGGUACGCCGCAGAGCCGGGGGCGCGGAGCGUAGAGGAGGAGGAGGAGGAGGAGGAGGCGGCGAGGCCCGGGACCAACUGGACAACCGGCCCAAGCGAUGGACCUGGGGGGGACCGCCUGACGCAGCGGAGGGUAACCCUAAGACCCCGCCCUGCCACGCCGUUGGCUACGCUCAGCCUAGUCAGCUUCCUGCCGCUUCAGCCCCCAGUGUCCACCAAUCCCGUCACGUCUGUGAUUUCUUGGCCCCGCCCACCCCGUCGGAGCCACCAAUGAGCCGGCAGCUGUCCAACUCGUCAAGUGCGCUCCACUCGACGGAGACGGAGGCUCCCCUCGACAACAAACACAGACCUCACAGAAGUUCCUCCAACCGCAGGAGCAUCGCCGCGUUCCCCGACGAGACGUCUAAGGCCAGAACGCCCACGGGGGAGUUUCCUAACGCACCAGUUCGUAGCUCAUCCUUCAAAGCCAAUAAGAAAGGUCCUGCUACACCAAAAAGGAUGCGGUCGAACAAGAGCCGGGCCCAGUCGCCCUGCUCCCCCGGCCAGUACCCGCCCUCCCCUCACCGACAGAGGGCCCCGACUCCUGGCGACGACAGGGGCCACGCCGAAGCCAAAGGUCACGGCACGCUAGACAGGAAGUCUGCCAAACCUGAGACCUCGGAGAAGAAGAUCCCCAAAUCCACCAGCAGAGAACUUUGCGCAGAGUCUCCAGGAACGCCCACAGGCCGCAGCGUGGGCGGCACCAUGGAUGCCGAAGAGGCGUCCAGACUGCUGGCCGAGAGGCGCCGCCAGGCCCGAAUACAGAAGGAGCAGGAGGAGAGACAGCGUCUGGAGGAGGAGCAGCUGAGAGCAGAGGAGGAGCGCAGGAGGCAGCAGGAGGCCCGGGAGCUGCAGGAGAGAGCCGCCCUGGAGGCGGAAGAAGACCGGGUCCGGCGGGAGGAGGAGAGGAGGAGCAGAGAGGAGGAGGAGCGGCGGCAGAAGGAGCAGCGGUGGAAGAACAUGGAGGAGAAGCUGGACAAAGAGCGAGAAGAAGCCUUCCAGCGAGCCCAGAAAGAAGCGGAAAGGAAGAGGAGGGAGCGAGAGCAGCUUCACAUCCUGGAUGAGCAGGAGAGGCUGCUGAGGAGGAAGAGAAUUGAAGAAAUCAUGAAGAGAACGAGGAAGAGUGAGGUGGACGCUCCGCCUGGAGCUGCAGCGUGCGAGGCGCCGCUCACCAUGGAGGACAUCCCCACUCCUGCCGAGGCCCCCGUCAUCCUGCUGGGACCCCUGGAGAGCAGGAGCUUUGUGGACGAGCUUUCGGACGGAGUCCAGUCCAUGGACGUGAGUUCUCCGUCUGUGUCCGUCAGCCCAGUGUCCAGGGACGAGCCGGCCAGCGCCCAGGAGUUCUCGCCGGUGGCAGAAGAGACUCCCCUGGAGCACAUGAUGGACCUGGACAGCGCGCCGGGAGACCCUUACCCCAAACUGCAGGCCGACAGCAGCGUGGGCGACCUCAACAAGAACCUUCUGAUCCAGGCGUGCGGCACCGCCUCUGAGUCCUCUCAGCUCAUCCGCAGCGUCGGUCCCAGCCAGGUGGACGUGUGAGGAGACCUUCUUCAGCCGGUUCUUCUCCUCCUGGACCAGCCGCCCCUUCACCCCACCUGACCAGCAUCCUCCACUAGCGCACACACCACAUCCAGUAGAGUCCAAAGCGCUUCUAACCAAGGCCUUCUUCUUUAUUUAUUGAUGGAUUGGUUAUUGACACAUGUUGCAUGUGAGAGCCUCAGGGGCCGGGGAGGGGAAGGUUCAGUUCUCUCAUCAGCGCGAGAUGAAAGCGUCCACAUCUUUAAUCGGCGUGCUACUCAUACGUGUAAAUACUGGACAUAUGACCGGGCGUUGGACAAAAAAAAAAAAAAAAAUAGACAAACUGUGGCUCGUUAAGGUGCUCGUAGCUUCGUCUCCGCCCGGUGGCUCCUGGUAGUUUGGUAGCCUGUAGCUUUUGCCUCCUCCGCUGCUCGUCACCGGACGCUUUGCGGACCUGUCCGCGGGGGAGGGGCCAUGUGAUUGGUCAGCGGGGGGCCGGGAAGUGUAUGUUGUGUUGUUGUGAGGCACCGACUGACCACGCUAGCUGCAGUGUGCACCGUUCUCCUUCCUUCCCACUAGUCUCCUCACCUGUGGAGAACACUCUGCUCGUCACCUCCGCGCUUCACCUUCUCACUCCAGGAAGUGGAAAUCCUCAGCCGCAUGGCAAAAGCCACAAAGAUGUCCCACGAGGAAAGCAGGACUAAAAUUUAACUCGUCCUGACACUCAUAAGGGAGUCAAACAUAAAGGACACUUCAUGUCUUCUACUGUACUACUACUACUACUACUACUACUAGUACUACUACUACUAUUACUAUUAGUACCUGCCGCCUGGUUGAAUAUAUCAUUGUAAAUGUAAUGCAUGGAUUACCGCUGAAAAUCACCAAUAAACGUCAUCAAAACC